GCACCUGCAGCAACUGGAGGCAAGAAGCAAAAGAAGAAGUGGUCUAAGGGCAAGGUCAAGGACAAGGCCCAGCACGCCGUCGUUCUCGACAAGACCACCAACGACAAGCUCCAGAAGGAUGUCCAGUCCUACCGCCUCAUCACCGUUGCCACCCUUGUCGAUCGUCUGAAGAUCAACGGCUCGCUCGCACGCAAGGCGCUUGCCGACCUCGAGGCCAACGGUCAGAUCAAGAAGGUUGUCGGUCACUCCAAGCUCAGCAUCUACACCCGAGCGAUUGGCGACGCCGAGUAA